UUGUCCGGUCCUUUGGGGAGCUAGAGAAGAUCCGAAGGAGUGUUAUCAUAUCGCUCAACCAGGAGUACUGUGCACCCGGUCAGGACCUUGCACUUUCAACAGGAGACGAAGUGGCAAUCAUCCCUCCAAUCAGCGGAGGCUAGAUAUCUUACUAUGGAUCACGUAAAACUGACCCAGGAAGUGCUUUCCGUUGAUGAGGUAACUCGCCUUGUCACUGAUCCAGCAUGCGGGGCUGUCAGCCUUUUUGUUGGUACUACUCGAGACAACUUCCAGGGUCAAACUGUAGUGAGGUUAGAAUAUGAGGCGUAUCAAGAAAUGGCAGAAAAGGAGAUGGUAAAAUUAUGCAAAAGGGCAAGAGAAAAAUGGACUUUACAACAUAUAGCCAUCUACCACAGACUUGGUGUUGUCCCAGUAACGGAGUCGAGUGUCAUAAUUGCUGUCAGUUCUGUACAUCGCCGUGAGUCUCUUGAGGCUGUCUCAUUCCUUAUUGAUGAGCUGAAGGCAAAUGUACCGAUCUGGAAGAAGGAGAUCUACAACAAUGGAAUUGGUGACUGGAAGAAGAACAAAGAAUGCCAGUGGGUCAACAGCAAAGGUCCAGAGGCUGAGACAAAGGUCGACAGCGAAGAAACGUGUUCUGGCAAAAGAGCAUUGGAUGACAAUGACAACACAUGUUCACAACCUGUGAAAAAAAUCAAAACAGAACUUUCUGAUGAAGCAAAGUCAUUGGAACAUUGCAAUCAGGACCAAGACUCAAGCUGCAAUACAAGCAAAGUAAAGUGUGAACCAGAAAACCAUGAAAGUGAGAGGAAAAUUGAUCCAUCUUAUGUACAGAUUGUUGUCCCCAAGAAAGAACUGGAUCGAAGAAUUGCAGCCUUUCAACAACGCAAACGCCAGGAACUGGAUGUCUUAAAUGUACAAGAAUUUUGCACAUUGUCAGGAGGUGCCUCAACUAUGAGUUCUUGCGCUCGAACUUCAGCUGUUGUUCUUAGGUCAAAGGAUUCUAAUAGUCAUUUGAAGUUGACCAAAGUAGUGAAUGAAUGGGGUCCUCAGACUAGGGGAAUUGAUCCAGGCUCAAAGCCCAUUGAUGUGGUGCCAGUGAAGGAGGAACAAAGAGGAAUGAUAAGAUCCCAUGGAAGCAGCACUGAAAACUUGCAAGAGCCAGGCUGUAACAUCAAACAAGAAAAUAAUUCUGAGUCAGUACAGUGCAAAACAAAUUUUAUAGAUCAGCAAGGAGUGUUGCCAGAAGGCAUCGAGGAACGACUACACAAUGUCGAGUCGCACCUCAAAAUUCUUCCGGGAGGUCCUGUGCCACACGACGUCUAUACCCGACUCAAGGCUGUGGAGGAUCGCCUUCUCCACCUCGAGGGAAUUUCACCAGAAUACUUCGGAGACAAGAAAAUAAAAAUCCCAGAGAAGCAGUCAUAUAAAAAGGAAAUUAAAGCAGUUGAAGAUGAUAUCUCCUUGAGUGAGAUAGACCUGCGCAUCCAUCACCUCAAAAUGAAGCUGAAACAGCGACAGAUCAAACAGGUUAUUUGAAGAGGGCUCGAAGGUUAUGCUGGGUUGUGUUUGAAGAGGAUAAUGCUGAUAUUGCUGUUGUUUUUGUUGGUUUGAUAUUUGUGGCAAUGUGCAGAUGCUAGAUUUGAUUAGCGUUUCUGUUUCAAGGUUGAUUGUUUUCUCUCUAUUUUCUUUUGCAUUAUUUCAAUCACUUUUAUAUUUUUUUUUUUUUUUUUUUUUUUUUUUUUGUCUUUCAUUAUGGUUUUCUGUUACUAUUGUUUUUCUUUUUUUCUUCUUUCUUUUUUUUUUUGUUAUUGUAUUGUUACCCUUGAAAACCAUUUUUUGUUUUCAAAAAUAGUGUCCAUAUAAUCUUUACUUCUAUCAAAGAGAUAUUCCAAAAAAGGAGAAAUCAGAACAAACAGAAAAUUAACUCUCAUUGAUGACAAUAAAAUACUUCUUAAU